GACAAGCCCCCUUUCCAGGAGUCAUCAACAUAGAUGGAGUUGGAGGAGGCCUUUGUGAGCAUAGAGCCAGCUUGCUGGCCAAUCACGGCUUUGCCACACUGGCCCUGGCUUAUUACCAAUAUGAGGAUCUGAUCCAGAAGCCAACCAAACUCCAUCUGGAAUAUUUUGAAGAGGCAGUGAACUACAUGCUGCAGCACACACAGGUAAAGGGACCAGGGAUUGGCCUGCUCGGUUACUCCAAAGGAGGUGAUCUGUCUCUCGCCAUGGCUGCCUUCCUGAAGAAUAUCACAGCAGUAGCUUCCAUUAAUGGCCCUGUGGCCAUUACAGUUUUUCCUCUCUGCUACAAAGAUAAAACUAUUCCCGCUUUGAUUUAUGAUGAAAACCUUGUGAAGGUUUAUGAUAAGAAUAUCCUUGAUUAUUCUGAUAUUACUGAUGACCCCUUUAAAGCCCCUGGCAACCAAAGCCUGAUCCCAAUAGAGAAUGCUGAGGCACACUUACUAUUAAUUGCUGGACAAGAUGAUCAUAUUAUCAACAGUAAGUAUUAUGUCACUGAAGCCCGCAAAUAUUUGCAGGCUCGAGGGAAGGAAAAUGUUCAGACACUCAUUUAUCCCGGAGCAGGGCACUGCAUUGACCCUCCCUUUUCCCCUUUUUAUCCAAUAGGAAACCACCCAGUUUUUCACAAACGAGCUGUCCUGGGUGGAGAGCUCACAGCUUACUCUAAGGCACAGGUUCAUGCUUGGCUACAGAUACGGGCUUUUUUCCACAAACAUUUAAAUGACAAGUGA